AGGUCCUCCAGAGGAAAAGCGGGGGGGGGGGUGCUUUCCUCUCCUGCAAAUGCGGCAUUGCACUCCUGCACGGGGAUCCGGAUUUCCUAGCACCUCUCAUUAGCACAGGCAGAACUUGGAAGAAGACCAAAGGGUUCCUUCCAAUCUCUUAGAGGCCACAGAUGGAUGAUCAAGACUCAGCUGGCCCUGAAGCAGGAGGAGGCCAUGCCAUCCAAUCUGGGAGCAGUGGGCAAUUCUGGGAAAACCCAGUGCCAAAGAUCCUGGGUGAGGAGGACACCCUCCGCUCAGAGGUGCAGAGCCAGCAGUUGAGGCAGUUCUGCUGCCCGGAGGCUGAAGGACCCUGAGAGGUUUGCAGCCGACUCUACCACUUUGACCGUCAGUGGCUGAAGCCAGAGAGGCACACGAAAGCUGAGAUGCUGGACCUGGUGAUCUUGGAGCAGUUCCUGGCUGUCCUUCCCCCGGAGAUGGAGAGCUGGGUGCGGGAAUGUGGAGCGGAGACCAGUUCCCAGGCAGUGGCCCUGGCUGAAGGUUUCCUCCUGAGUCAGGCAGAGGAGAGAAAGCAGGAAAAUGAUCAUUUUGCAAAAAUGGACCUGGAUUCCUGUAAGGCGACGAGGCCUCCGUUGGACACCAGAGAGAGGCCACUAGGUGGCAUAAUGAUACUGGCUAGACCUCUUCAUUCAUCUUUUCAUGGGGGCAGAAGGGAAGCAGCGGCUGUGGAACCAGAUCAGGGUCCAGUGUCCUUUGAAGAUGUCGCUGUUUGUUUCACGGAUGAGGAGUGGGCGUUGCUGGAUCCUGACCAGAGAGCUCUACAUAAAGAAGUCAUGGAGGAGAAUCGUGGGAUCGUGGCCUCUCUUGGUAAGGCUGCUUGUGGGAUCAUAAUAUCUGUUUUAAAAUUCAAUACUGCUCUCUGUGACAAACCUCAUAUAUUUUCCCCCUUAAAACACCUGGGAUUACAAUAUUCCAACAAUAAAACUUGAACAGUAAUUUACCGGUGCUGUUUUUUUCCGUGAAUGUUCUUUCUCCAGUUGCAGCUUCUUAAACAAUUAUCAGACUGGUCUGAAUUGCCAGCCGAUUUUAAAUGUAAACCUCUGAGUUGUUAGGGAAGUUGAAGUAGCUCCUGUGGGGUUUUCUGUUUUUGUUUUGCUCCUGUCAGUCUUUGGUUGACCAAAGAGAAGACUGAUAUUGGAAAUGGAGGGGAUUCCAUGAUGGAGCCAAACAACAUCCAUUCACGAGAAGAGCCAGGCUUAUUGAAUCACAGGUUCAUAUAAGGAUGUCAGUUGAGACUUCCAGUUUGCCGUAAAAAUGGCAAUGGGGUGUGAGCUCAGUUCUUAGGAAUGGACUCUGCUCACCCCGAGUGGUCGGGGAAAAGCGAGAAGGUGACCCCCCAAAAGCUCAAGUGGGUUUCUUGAGCCUCCAAAGGGUCCAGCAGCACAUUUCUAAGAGCUUUCCUGUCUGCCCACUGCUCUGAAAGGCAUGGUGGGGGGUGAGAUCCCCCAGAAGAAACCCCGAAUUGAGCGUUUCGGGGAUGUGGAUCCUCGGACGCCAGAAGCGAGCUCCCCCCUCCCUUGGCUAGCCUAUUUUUGGGCAGCGAGAGAGCAGGGGGUUUUGAGCUAACGCGACGCAUCGGCGUAUAGCUAUCUCGGAGGCAAGAAGCUGCGAUCCUGGCAGGCAACAGCAAUCAGUUCUUCCUAAAAACUGAACAAAAUUAAAGACAUUGGAUACCGUGAGUAAAAGGAGAAAUUUAAGAAUUUUUUCAGUAAUUGGAAUGAAUUGGCCACGGGAGGAGAUUCAAACAGGAAGUCGAUCUCCCCCAUUGAGAGGACUGUAAUGCAGUUAACUUGCCUAUAGCCGGAAAAGUGAAAGGAACCUUUUAAUUAUCAAGGAUUUUUGUUUUGCUUUUUGUGAUUCUGUAUUAGGAAAAAGAAUAAAAAAUAUUUGAAAAGAAAAGAAAAGGAAAUGUUCAAUAAUUUAUAGUUUUAUGAUCAACUUUGAUUGAUGAGGUGGUGAAACCUCAAUAACGUGACCGGGAGACUAAUUAGGCAAUAAUGGCCGCCCAGCACACUUCUGAAGUGUCCUGCUUUUCGUCUCCCUUCAGCAGAGAGCACAACAGUAGCACAGCGGCUGGUCUCAAGUAGGAAUAAAACAGGACAGCAUUGAGCUCCUUAUCUUUGAGCUAUAUUUAUUUACAUUCCUAGGGAUUGAGCUGACAUGCUCUCCAUAGAACAGAACACAAAGCAAUUAGGAAGAACAGGAAGAGAACUCCCCUUUUCAUACAGAGAUAGUUAUACAAGCUCAUACAUUCCCAGCAUUCCCAGUGACAGAACGCAAUAUCCUGUGUACAAUUUAACUCCUUCAUACCAACAGGAAAUGCAAGAAAGCAAAGUGGCUGUCCAAUGAAGCCUUACAAAUAGCGGGGGAAAGAUGGCAUGCAAAAUGGGAGGGAGAUAGUGAAAGAUACAGGAAAUUGAAAUCAGAUGUCCAAAAAAUAGCAAGGAGAGACAAGAGGGCCUUCUUAAACGAGCAAUACAGAGAAAUAGAGGGAAGCAAUAGAAUGGGAAAAACCAGAGAUCUGUUGAAUAAAAUUGGAGAUAUGAAAGAAAUAUUUUGUACAAAGAUUGAAAUCUUUACCAGGACUUAAAUAACACUUGUAAUGUAAAAAAGACUUGAGAUACUAUGGAAAAAUGAAAUAAUAGAGAAAGAUAAAAUAUGCAAAAGAAAAGGAUACCGGUAUAUAUGGAACCCAGGGAGGGGUGGUGGGAAGUCCAAGGGUUCAAGAGAAUCCUAUAUUUCUUAUUAUUUAUAUUUGAUUGUCUAUGUAAACAUUUAAAUGAAAAUCCAAUAAAAAAAUUAAUUAUAUAACUGAUGUCAGUUGAUCUUCGUUAAUAUAUGCAUCCAACCCUGAAACCACCCAUCUAGCCCACAUGUUAUUCCUCUACAGGUAUUACCAGUGUUAACAAGUAUUCUUCAUGAAUUGUGGGCUCUUCUUCUCCAAUAGGCACUAAUCCAUUUCUCUCUU